GCAGGCUCGCAGCUCCCCGAUUAGGGUUUCAUACCACCCAGCGGCACCUCAUUCUUCCCGAAGAGCUUACCGUCAUCGCUUCCGGCGUUAUCUGUUGUUAUGGCGGACGACUUUCACUACUCUUCUCGACCCGAUAACAAGCGAAAGUUCGACGAGACGGAAGAUGGCGGCGUCGCUUCGCCGCCCUCGAGGAAGCCUUCUGGCUUCUCGGCUCCGAUCGCGUCGUUGUCUCCUGACGGAGGUUCCGGUGGAGCUGCUCCCCUUGAGCAAUCUUACAACAUCGUCCCCGCGCCCCUCGACGGAAUCCAGCUCGCCAAGCAGCGUGCCCAGGAGAUCGCUGCGAGGUUAUUCAGUGACGCCGAGGCCAAGCGCCCUAGGGUCGAGAACGGCGGAGGAUCAGGCGAUUCGAGGGACGCCGGUUUUGGAUCUGCUGCCAGUGACAAUACACUGAAGCCCAUGAGCCAAACAUUAUCUUCUCAAAUUGGACCCACUUCCCACCCAUUACCCUCUUAUGGCUAUCAGGGUUCAAACAAAAAGAUUGAGAUUCCAAAUGGAAGGGUUGGUGUAAUUAUUGGCAAAAGUGGAGAGACUAUAAAAUACCUUCAGCUUCAAUCAGGAGCAAAGAUUCAAGUAACGAGAGAUAUGGAUGCUGAUCCUAAUUCACUGACCAGGUCAGUAGAAAUUGUUGGUACAUCUGAACAGAUUAGCAGAGCUGAGCAGUUAAUUAAUGAUGUGCUUGCUGAGGCUGAUUCUGGGGCUUCUGCGACAAUUGCUUCUCGAAAAUUUGGUUGUGUUCCACCAGGCGUGGAGCAAUUUCAGAUGAAGGUUCCAAACAACAAGGUAGGCAUGGUGAUUGGUAAAGGUGGCGAGACCAUAAAAAAUAUGCAAGCAAGGUCUGGUGCACGCAUACAGGUGAUACCUCUGCACUUGCCUCCUGGUGAUACAUCCACUGAAAGAACAAUAUAUAUUGAUGGCACACAGGAGCAGAUUGAAAUAGCCAAACAGUUGGUCAAUGAUGUUACUAGUGAGAAUCGUGUCAGAAACCCAGCUAUGACUGGUGGGUAUUCUCAGCAUGGGUACAAUGUACCUCGUCCUCCCACUAGCUGGGGGCCACCUGGUGCACCACCGGUGCAGCAACCUGGUUAUGGUUACAUGCCACCUGGAGUUUAUCCUGGGCCACCACCCACAUAUAAUAUGCCCCAGGCACCUUAUGAAGGCUAUCCUCCCUCUUCUGGCUGGGACCAAACUUCCAGUCAACCUCAACAAACUGCACCAGGCACUGGAUACGAUUACUACAAUCAACAAUCCCAACAGCAACAACAGUCGUAUCCUCAGACAGGACGAGGUAAUGUGCAGGAUGGAUAUUCGAGUGCGUAUAAUGCCAAUGCACAGCAACCGGGUUAUUCUCAGACUACAACAAACACGCAAGGUGGUUAUGAUCAGCAGGGUUAUGGCUCUACACUUAACUAUGGCACAAUGGCUGCCUCAUCUCAAGAUGGAUCUGCUAAUGCUUCUGGUGCUCAGGGUGGGUCAACUCAAGCACCUCCUGCUCAACCUCCAUUGAGUCAACCACUAAAUCACACAAGCUAUCCUCCACAAGGAACGACUCCAUCUGGAUAUGGUCAAGUAGCGCCACCUAGUUAUGGGCAGCCACCUCAGGCCCAGGCACCACCAAAUUCUCAGUCUCUUUAUAGACAAGGUCAAGCUCCGUCUGCUCCAGCCAGUUAUAUGCAAUCUGCUCUUCUGCAACCAAGUUGUGGUCAGUCCACACUUCCUCAAUCUGUUUACGGGCAACAGCAAUCAUAUGGUGUACCACCACAUAGCCAAUCAGGUUAUGGAAAUCAACAGCAGACACCAUAUAAUAACUCGUAUGCCAGUGGUGGAAAUUCCCAGACUCAUGCAUACUCUAAUGACAAUGUAGCUCAAGGGCCUUACGAUACUGCUGCUGUUGCUACACCUUCAACCAACGCACCUGCACCUUGAUGCUGUAUGGUAAGUCACUUGGGAUAGUAGUUUGUAUCAACUUUUCAAUCAUUUGCAUCUGUUAUAAUAAUUGCAAAUUAUCACUUUAUUGUGGCAUUUAGGAGAUACUUCGACGCUUGUGCAAUCUAGGUUUUUUUGAACUUA